AUGGAAACCACAACUACGGAAAGCACCCCAACCCACACUACAACAACAGAAAGCACUACCACAGGUACCGCAACACUAGAAAGUACCACCACAGGUACCACAACACCAAAAAGCACCACAACAGAGACCACAACAACAGAAAGCAGCACAACCGGUACCACAACUCCAGAAAGCACCACAAUGACAGAAAGUACAAAAACUGGCACCACCACUUCAGAAAGUACAACAACAGAGACCACAACAACAGGAAGCACCACAACAGACACUACAACACCCGAAAGCACAACAACCGAGACCACAACAGAGACCACAACAACAGAAAUCACCACAACAGACACUACAACAACAGAAAGCACUACCACAGGUACCACAACACCAGAAAGCACCACAACCAGUACCACAACACCGGAAAGCAAAACGACCGAGACCACAACAGAAAGCACCACAACCGGUACCACAACUCCAGAAAGCACGACAGCGACAGAAAGUACAACCACUGGCUCAACCACUCCAGAAGGUACAACAAUAGAGACCACAACAACAGAAAUCACUACAAAAGAAAUUACCACCCCAGGUAUCACAACUUCAGAAAGUACAACCAUGGAAACCACAACUACAGAAAGCACAACAACCAAGACAAAAACAGAAAUUACCACAAAAGAAAGCACCACAACGGAGACCACAACAACAGAAGGCACUACAAUGACAGAAAGUACAACCACUGGCCCCACCACUCCAGAAAGUACAACAAUAGAGACCACAACAACAGAAAGUACCACCCCCGGCAGAGCAACGGAGACCACAACAAUCGAAAGUACCACCACAGGCACCACAACUGACAUCACAACAACAGAAGGAACCACAACUCCAGAAAGUACUACCCCUGUUAUUACAACUUCAGAAAGCACAACAAUGGACACCACAACUAUAGAAAGCACCACCACCGCUACCACAACACCAGAGAGCACCACCACAGGUACCACAACACCAGAAAGUACAACAACAGAGACCACAACAACAGAAAGCACUACAACAGAAAGUACCACCACUGGUACCACAACAACAGAAAGCACCACAACUGGUACGACAACUCCAGAAAGCACCACAAUGACAGCACCCCUGGAAUUACAACAUCAGAAAGCGCAAGAACAGAAACCAAAGCUAUAG